AGUAUGUUACAAUAUUUUACUAUUUUUGGAGGACUUCAAGAACAAAUUUCUAUUUUUUUUCUAUUAAUUUCUUGAGGAGCAAGAAGCCAAGACUAUUAAAAGAAACAAACACUGUUAUGAAAAGUUGACCAGCCCCAGUCCAACUACCUUCGCCGCUGAAAGCCCAAUCCUGCCUUUUCCCCAAAUAUUUACGAAGUCAUAGUCAUGAACCCUCCGCCGCAAGCCACCAGUAUCACCACCAGAAGCACCGUCAAAAAGCUUUGUGAAAACCCCUCAUCAUGCUCCAAAAUCCCAUUCCGACCGCGCAAAAUCCGAAAACUUACCUCCAACAUCGCCCUUGACAGCGCUACCGAAUCCCCUCAACCUUCCCUCACAGUUUCUCCCAAAAUCCCAAAAUCUUUAUCCACAGAACCCGAAAUGGACCUCGCUCUUAACCAUCUCCGCACCUCGGAUCCUCUUCUGGCCACCCUCAUUUCCAACCAUCCCCCACCAAAGCUAUCUCCUUGUAGCUCCCCCUUCCUCGCUCUUUCCAAAUCCAUUAUCUUCCAACAGCUCGCCGCCAAAGCCGCCAACUCAAUCUACACUCGCUUCAUUUCCCUUUGUGGAAACGAAUCCAACGUCCUCCCAAAUACAGUCCUCUCUUUUUCCCCGCAAAAACUUAGAGAAAUUGGGGUCUCAGCUCGCAAAGCAAGCUAUCUCCACGAUCUUUCAGACAAGUUUUCAACUGGGGUUUUGUCGGAUACUUCCAUCCUUACAAUGGACGACGAAAAGCUGUUCCAUAUGUUGACAUCUGUCAAAGGGAUUGGGCCUUGGUCGGUCCACAUGUUUCUGAUAUUUUCGCUUCAUAGGCCUGAUGUUUUGCCUGUGGGGGAUCUUGGAGUGAGGAAAGGAGUCCAGCUUUUGUAUGGGUUAAAAGAGCUGCCAAAGCCGUUGCAAAUGGAGCAGAUUUGUGGCAAAUGGAAGCCUUAUAGAUCAGUUGGGUCCUGUUAUAUGUGGAGGCUUAUGGAAACUAAAAGCGAAGGGAAUGGAAAAGCUCGAAGUGUUGAAACUGAACAAGAUGGGGGGCCUUAACUUUUCAUUAUGUUUCUAGGAUUGAAACAUUUGUCUAAUUGCUUUUAAUUGCUUGUGUUGUGUGAUCAUUAAUUGCUGCUUUGUGUUACAAUUUCUGUUUAAGAAAUAAAUCCGCCUCGAAGUUAAUUGAAAAUUUGGAGAAAUUAACUUGUUAAAGAGUUCCAAAUUGGGGUUUUAGCUGAUGUUGGUUCAGGCAAGCCAAAAAAAUCUGUACGCCGAUGAG